ACUCAUCCAACGCGCGUAGAAUUUCGCCGAGUUCAGGGGGAAUUCUACACCUCUCGUGUUGAAGAAGUUCUACGCCGUGGAAGUUCCCCCCGGCAAGAAUGUAGUCCUGGACACUUGAGACAUCAACGCCGAGAGAGACUUGAACAAAACGGUGACUAAGACGACGACUUUGUGUGCGAAUCGAAGCCCGGACCGCGGACGAUUAGUGUUUGUUUGGCCACCGACGAGGGCAGAGCAGUGCAGCGAUUGCGAGUGAGAGUUGGGGGUUCGGAUAUUGAAGGCGGGCGCGCGCGUGUUACUCAAAGUGAUAAGUUCAGUUCAAACGGUGCAAAAAAAAAAAAAGAAACAAGAAGUUGAGGUGCGAAAAUUUGAACCACUCCGCGCAGCAAGCAAGUCUCGACGCAACUUUGUAGCCAAUCAACGAUUGAAAGAUCGACAGAGAGAUGAAGGUCAGCAGUCGUGGUAUCAACUUGCGGUUGUCGCUGUCCGCCGUCCUGCUUUUCGUCGUGAUCAGAUCCGAACAAGUUCACUGCGCACCCCCCGGAGCCCUUUCCAGUACCAGUGGUCCCGAUGCCGGCGAGCCCUCAAUACCUCCACUGAUCUUCCCCAAGGACGGCAGCGGGUACAAGGUUGUGGAAAACGAAACCGCCCUCAAGAUCCUGCAAAGUCGAGCCGAGGCCGAAACGGAACAACCUGCUGCAAAAACGAGCGAAAAGGAGGGUCAAAACGUGCAACAAUUGCCGGCAGCCGGAGUCACUGCUGCUGCCGCCGUCGAUGACGAUGAGUCAAACGGUAAUAACGGAACUAGCAAGCAGAAGCAAUCCGAUGCGGCGGCAGAGUCACAGGUUGGUGGCUAUGACGAGAAUGAGGACGACGACGAUGACAAUGAUUACAGCACCGAAGAUGACGACGAUAAUGACGAGGUGGAGGAGGUUCAGCCGGAGGAUCCCAACCGGGAGGACGGGCUGGAGGAGCAGUUUGGGGACAAGGAUCAGCAUUACCCGCUUGUGAUUGACAACACGAUGAUCGAAGUUUCCGCCAUGCGUCAGGAGCACGUGUGGGUCAUAAUGAUCGGUGCCAUAAUUGUGUUGGCGCUCGCAGCUUACAUCGGAAUGGUCAUGUAUCGCAACAGAUUGGAAAAUCGCUACGGAAUGCGCCAGCGUUUGGUCACGGAGGACGAUUAUUACACUAACAACGAUAUAUAAUACUCAUCAACUGGCACCUUCCUUGCCAUCCAGAACUCCGACAACCCGACGCUAAAUUUACCCGUUUGGACCGCUUUCGAUAGCAUUUGAAAUUCUAGUUUUUUUGUCAAAACCAAAAGAAAAAGGACAUUUCUCCAGAGCAACAGAGCAACAGUGCGUGAUAAGUGCCAUUAGUGUUUACGAUUUGCCAAAACUGUUAGUGAAUGAAAUUGCUCAGCCAUAUUAAUUGCUUCCCCUUUUUGCAGAAGAUUAGUAGAAUAGCAAUUUACGUAGUUUUUAGUAGAAACCAACAACGCACAAUCGCAUACAUAUCGUCGUCGUCGCCGUCUUCGAUCCCCUUUUUCUUUGCAGUUGAAUCAGAUAAACCAAUAAAUAGAUCAAUUUACAUUAUGUUUUGUUCAAAGAAGUAAAGAAAAACAAACAAUGAAAAAAAGAAGUUGUAAUAAUGACUGUGAUAUUAAGUGAG